AUGCCUUCGCCGUUAGCAGACUCAGUCAAGCUGCCCUGCGGCCUAGUCCUGCAAAACCGGUUAUCCAAGGCAGCAAUGGCCGAGCAAAUAGCCGUGAACAACGAUGCAGACGAAAAUCUCACCGCUGCAUACGAGUCAUGGGCCAAAGGCGGCUGGGGCAGCAUCAUAACAGGUAACGUCCAAGUAGACGUUAACCACAUGGGCGGCCCCAAAGACCCAGCCCUACAUGGCGAGUACACAGGCGAUACAACCAUCUUAGCGCAAUGGAAGAAAUACGCCGACACCUGCCAAAAGCACGGUACUCCGGCGAUUGUUCAGAUCAACCAUCCAGGUCGUCAGUCUAUACGGUUCGCUGGACGUCGCGGUCUCUUUGCGCCGACGUUGGCGCCUAGUGCCGUGCCUAUCUAUCUUGGUGACGGUCUAAUCGAACGAGCUAUUGCUACCCUUGCCUGGUCGAAUCCCGAGGAAAUGUCUUUGACUGAUAUCGACCGCGUCAUUCGUCAAUUUGUUGAUACUGCGCGCCUUAUGGCUGAUGCUGGGUUUUCGGGUGUGGAAUUUCAUGCUGCGCAUGGGUUCCUGAUGGUGCUGACGAGCUAUUUGGCAGAUCAAUUUUUGAGCAGCAAGACAAACCUACGAACAGACGCAUACGGCGGCACACCGGAAAAGCGAGUAAAAUUCAUCAUAGACAUCUUCCACCAAACACGCGCAGUAGUGCCCGCAACCUUCUGCAUAGGAAUCAAACUAAAUUCAGCAGACCACAGCUCAGAGACAUUUGAAGAAACAAUGUCGCAAAUCGCAAUCCUUGUCUCAGCUGGAAUCGACUUCCUAGAAAUCAGCGGCGGCUCAUACGAAGACCCGCAGAUGAUGGGCUACUCAGUCAAAGAGAAGUCCGCACGAACAGUAGCGCGCGAGGCUUUCUUCCUCGAAUUUGCGAAGGAGGUGCGCGAGCGUCAUCCUGGUCUUGUGCUUAUGUUGACUGGUGGAUUCCGGUCGCGAGCUGGUGCUGUGUCGGCUAUUCAGGAUGGUGCUUGUGAUCUUGUUGGUCUUGCGCGGCCUGCGGCUGUGAACCCUGGUUUCCCGCAUCUGUUGCUUGAUGAAAGCGUUCCUGAUGAGGAGGCGAGGCUGCCGUUGGGAUUGGUGCCUACUCCUUUCCUUGCGAAAUGGUUACCGAAAAAUUUGGUUGGUGCUGGUGUUGAGAGUGCUUUUUAUGCUGGGCAGAUUCAACGCAUGGCGAAGGGGUUGGACACUAAUGCACCCGGUGUCUAA